UUCCCAUAAUGCAAACAGCUUUUAUGUUUUCUCUGAUUGGCCAAAAAAACAUUUUUUUAUUUUUUAUUUGAUUAGUUCAUAAAAGUACGUUAAGCAUUCAGUAAAAGUACGAAAAAGUGGAAAUAACUGACGUCAUUUUCUGCUUUGCUAUCUAGGGUUCUCAUGGGACAAAAAUAAACUAAUACAUUCGUUUCGUCGUUCGCCAAAAUUUAGCCUAUACGUCAUCCUGCUUGUAUCUCCUUAACUGUUCGUCAAAAGCACAAGAUUCUGUACAUUUCCUGAAUCAGCGUUUCAAACUCAGCAUAUUACGGCAACGGACAAACAAAUUUCGCCAAAUUUUUUUUAUAUUUACACUGCUGACAUCAUCCAAAUACUUAGAACAACAAAUGAUUUUUCUACGAGGCUUAUAGUACAUUAAAUUGACGUCGAUAUUGCUGAAAAGGUAAGGUCAUUGCACUUUUACAUUUCAGGCUGAAUAACAUGGAAACGAAUGGAUGUAACAACUUAAAUUAAUAUUUCAUAACUGGGCUAACACGGUUAAUACAUCUGUUUUAAAAAGACAGAUUGUAUUAAUAAAGAUACUCUUGAACCUUUAGAAUGAAGGCAGCCAGUAUUCUUCAAAAAAGUAAGUUUGGUGUGUUUCUAUUAAAAUGUAUUAUAAAAUUUCAACAAACAAGUAUAUUUAAAAAUGUUCAGUAAUUUUGCCCCUAAAAUAACUAUAGCUUAGCACUGUUUACUAUCUGUGUGUGUAACGUUAUUCAUUAAUGACGCCUAAAUCACUGCCCUACACCCAGCUCUCUAUACUAUACAAAUUCAGGAGUGAUUUUUCGACUUUAAAAUCUUCAACCUCUUAAGUUUCAUCAUCAUCAUUCUCAGCUUAACGUCGAUUGAUACAAUAUAGCCUUCCUUUCAUAAUUAUAUUGACUGAUGAGAAACGCCUUGAACAUAUCAACAUUGUGUGUGGAGAGUAUUUUUAAUACUUUAAAGAUAAUUUUCUUUUUCCCUUUGUGUUUUAGCGGCUAUGUCAUGGAAUAUUUAUUUUGGAAAUAUGCUUAAUGCACAAAUAGAGAUGGUAAUGGAAAUGAUAACUCAAACAUUUUGCAAAUCUGACAUAAAGGUAACUAUAUAUAACGCUAUAAUCAAAUUUCUGUUCCUUUCUCAUUUGCACAUUUAUUUCUAGUACAGGUUUGAAAAAUCCAUAAUUUUUUUUUUCAGAAUUACGAUUAUGUAAUGAAAGUGCUAUUUCCUGAUUUGUCUUAUCCGCCUUUAUGCAAAAUCAACAGGUCUCACUUUCACUAACGUAAGUUUAUGGACAUUGUUUAUAUAUGCAUGUAUGUGAUAGGCUAAUGUAUAAAAGUACAUUAAUACUUUUCUUACCUACUGAAUGCUAUGUACAUCCUUGUUUCAGGCAGAAAAGAUUUUGGCACGUGGUGGUGAAGUUGAGGAAAAUGAAAAAGCUGAAGAUGUUCCAGAAGCACCUGUUAGUGAUCAUGAAUUAGUAGAAGAAAACAAUCCAUCUGCCAAAAAUAAUAUGGUUGAAACAUCGUCUACGUCAAAUAGUUUAGAAAGUAUGUUGAUGAGAGAAAAUAUCAGGUUGAAAAAGAAAAUUUCAGAGCUCGAGAACCAACUUUCAACUGACUCUACAAGCUUACCUAUCAAAAAAAACCGCAAAAAAUGUCCAUUACAGUCAUGUGAUAGUUGUGUUACAAAUUUAUCUCGGCACAUGAUAGAAGUACACUAUUGGCCCCAGAGUAAGGCAAAAUAUUGCGUUGGCAUAUACGGAUUGAGGAAACCAGGUGUUAAAAAAGAAAAUUGUGAAAAAAAAAUAACGGUCAAUGGAGAAAAGAAGAAAACAUUCAAGAAGUACCACAAGUUAAGAAAAUGCCCGAUUUUAGGUUGUCAUUCUAGAAACAAAAGAAUGAGUUUGCACCUUCAAGACGUCCACAAACUAUCAAAAGGACCUUACUAUUAUAGUAUGUUGAAAUUAGCCAGGGUGUGUGACGUUGCAUCAAACAACGGAGAUACACAUGUGACAUCCAUCCCUGCCAAGCAUGUCGCCACUGAUGCUCUUCCGCAGGAAACAUCCGAAGUAACAGAUUCGGAUAGUGACAUGGAAGAUGACGAAGUGGUUGACUCUGCUGAAAUUUUAGAGAGGUUUGUGACAUAUAAAAUUUCAGUUGAUGGAGGGAAGAGUUGCCAAAAGAGUGCUAUUCAAUCAAAGCAGCAAUUGAGAGAUAUUUUGGCAGCUUUGGAUUCCUCAAAUCCCAGUGAUUUAGUCAGAAAAUAUAAAAUUCGCGACACCUUUUUGACAACGUAUGCCGAAAAGACAAAGGAAUACAAAGCUUUAACCAUUAAACGGUAUCUUUUGUCACUGUCACACUUCUAUGACUUUCUCCUUACUGAGGAGAUCCAUCUACCUGGAAUAACACCAGAUAUGAUUUUAAGGAUGAAAGUUAGUGUAUCUCGAUGGAGCAAAUCUUAUAAUGGAACGGUAGAGAUACAGCAGCUUGAGAGACAGAUGGAGGAGCAACAAGUGCUUAUCACGCCUGAGCAGAUCCAACGGUAUGAGGAGUCAGCCAGUGCAAAAGAGGCUAUCUCGAUAAUUAAAGAUUUUUGUAGCCCUUACCGAGAAAAGACCUUAUCUCGUCAAGAAUAUGCGUGUAUACGGGAUUUUCUCAUAACGGAAAUAACUAUAAUUAAUUGUCAGAGGUCUGGCGUACCUAGCAACAUGACCAUCGAUGAGGCGAAGGCUGCUGUAUUUCGUGAUGGAAAAUAUAUUAUUAAAGUAAAACGUCACAAGACAUUUAGGAAACACGGUCCUGUUAAUCUGUGUACGAGCGAAACCUUGUACCAACAGCUCUUAAUUUUUAUCGAUUCAAUUCGCAGUCAGAUACACAGUGACCUUGAAAAUGUUUUUGUUUCAUAUAAUGACAAGAUGUUAGAAUCUGGAGCAAUAUCAAAACAAAUUAAUAGCACUUGGAAAAGGUCCGGUGUUUAUGGUGAAAACGAUCCGCCAGUGAGGAAAAACAUCACUUCAAAUAUAUUUCGAAAGUCUGGAUCCACCAUCAUUGAAGAUAAAAAUCCAAGUGAAGCUUCAUAUGUUGCUAGCCUGUUGACGCACUCUGAGAGCACCUCCAAAAAAUACUACCGUUUGAUAGAAAAGGAAAAGUAUGCCCUUAAGGGUACAGCUGCCUUGGAGGAAACUUUUAACAAACGUGGCAAAACAAAUAUUUACGAAAAAAAGAAAACGUGGACUGAUGCCGAAGUCGGGGAGUUGGAGACUCUAUUUAAGCAGUUUUUGACUGCGAAAGCUGUCAGAAUUGGCGAUAUACGUAAUCUACGUGAAACGUUUAUCCAUCUUAUUCAUUUGUCUGAUCGGCAGAUUUUAGAUAAAUUGAGAAGCUACUGGCGCUAUGGAGUCACGGAAGAGGAGAAAGAUGGUAAUGAUGCUGUUGACAACUCCUGCUCCUCUAUUGCAACUGAAUACAAACAAUCUGUGUCAAAAGGAGUAGAUAAGCAUCAUGGUAAAAACGAAGAUGUUGACGAAGAAAGUGAAGAUAAUGAUUAUGAAAAUACAGUUUCUGGGAAGGAAAAGAUUUUCUCGAAUGUUGAAGCUAACAUCAUUGUCGAAAAGUGUGCCGAGAUCAUUCGUUCUGGACCAAUAUCCAUCAAUAGAGUAGAACGUGCACUCGAAUCAAGCUCUGUUGGAAAACGUGUACUACAAAACUUUGACAUGUCGCAAAUACAAACAAGGCUUAAAUAUGAGCGCUUGAAGUACAGAAAAAGUUUCAGAAAAAAGUGUCUCUAAACUGUUUUAUUUCUACCUUUACUGUACGAAACAUUUAACUAUAAUUUUAAUUUUUUUCCCACUAUUAAACGCUCCUCAUUAAAAUAAGUACCAUUUGUUAAAAUAGUUAUAUCGUUUUGCAGUAUACAAGUUAUGUUUUAUGUGCAUCACUUGACAUUUUUAUGUAUGUUAUUUUUUUGUACAUAUAUUUAGUUAUGCAAAAACAAAGAACAAAAUUU